AUGAGCAGCCCGUCCAGCAGCUACGGUGCCCCGAACAGCCAGGAACGCCCGUCCAGCAGCUACGGUGCCCCGAACAACCAGGAACGCCCGUCCAACAGCUACGGUGCCCCGAACAGCCAGGAGCGCCCGUCCAACAGCUACGGUGCCCUGAACAACCAGGAACGCCCGUCCAACAGCUACGGUGCCCCGAACAGCCAGGAACGCCCGUCCAACAGCUACGGUGCCCCGAACAGCCAGGAGCGUCCGUCCAACAGCUACUCUGCGCCGAUGCCUCCAAGUCGCCCCUCUUCCAGCUACGGCACCCCCACCGAGGCGAGGACCCCGCCGUCCUCGUACGCUGCUCCGUCUGGUGGCGCCGGGGCCGCCCAGCCGUCGGCGUCGUACGGCGCACCCGAGCGUGCUCCGAGACCUGCCGAGCCGAGAGGACCCUCGUCGCCAUCCGCAGGGCGGCCAUCGUCCAGCUACGGCACUCCGAGCGCCCCUUCGUCGACUUACGGUGCACCUGCUGCUGGUCCGCCUUCGUCGAGCUACGGUCCGCCGUCUAACGAGAGAGCGCCUGCAGGACCUCCAUCUGCCACCUACGGUGCACCCUCUGCGGGUGGACAGUCUGGACGCAACCCCUCAUCAAACUAUGAUGCUCCAGCUUCUGGCCCGCCGUCUUCGAGCUAUGGCACGCCAUCUAGCGGCAGGCCAUCUUCUAGCUAUGAUGCUCCAUCUGCAGGUCAGCCAUCGUCAAGCUACGGCACCCCAUCCGCAGCACCGCCUGCGUCUAGCUACGACGCUCCGUCGUCUAGCUAUGGCGCUCCCUCUUCGAGUGCGCCGUCCUCAAGCUACGGUGCCCCGUCGUCGGGCCCGCCAGCUUCCAGCUAUGGCGCUCCAUCCGGCGAGGGUCAGCGUCAACCAUCUUCCAGUUACGGCUCCCCGUCCGGAGGCAGCUCCAAUGGAGGCUCUCCCUCGUCUAGCUACGGUAUACCAUCUUCAGGUUCCCCGUCCUCCAGCUACGGCGCGCCAUCUGCGGGUGGCAGCAGCCAACCUGCCAGGCGACCGUCAUCCAGCUAUGGCGCUCCCGCCAGCGGCAGUUCAUCUGGAGGACCUCCUUCGUCCAGCUACGGAGCACCGUCUGCGGGUCCUCCGUCGUCCAGCUACGGAGCACCGUCUGCGGGUCCUCCGUCGUCCAGCUACGGGGCACCAUCUGCGGGUCCUCCAUCGUCCAGCUACGGAGCACCGUCUGCGGGUCCUCCGUCGUCCAGCUACGGGGCACCAUCUGCGGGUCCUCCGUCGUCCAGCUACGGGGCACCAUCUGCGGGUCCUCCGUCGUCCAGCUACGGAGCACCAUCUGCGGGUCCUCCAUCGUCCAGCUACGGGGCACCGUCUGGAGGUCCUCCUUCGUCCAGCUACGGGGCACCGUCUGCGGGUCCACCGUCUGCAAGCUACGGAGCCCCGUCUGGUCCUGGCGGCUUCCCAGACUCUGGCGACGCGCUGUCCUGGCCGUCCGACGAAGGAGUGGCCAAGUACGAGUUCAACUACGACGUGAACGACGUGUCUCCCGGCGGGCCGACCUUCGCGCAGCGCGAGUCCCGCGACGGCGACGUGACGCAGGGCCAGUACGCCGUGCUGCUGCCCGACGGCCGCCAGCAGACCGUGCGCUACAAGGCGGACACGGCGGGCUUCCGCUCCAAGAUCAGCUACCAGCAGGGCGACCAGCCAGGCCAGGCCGGGCAGCGAGGACCCGCAGCAGGACAACAAGGAUACCCCGCGGGACGCGCCAUGCAGCCUGCAGGACCCGGCCGGCAACGCGGUGGCUACCCUCCAGCAGGGCGGCAGGACAGUGGCGUCCAGGGAUCCGGCGGCCAGCGCGGCUACCCCUCCGGCGGCGCGGGCGGGCGAACCAUGCCGUCGUCCAGAGGGUUCCCCUCUGGCCCGGCCUUGGGACCAGCCGGCAGCUCCAUCAAUGACUUCGCCGGGUACCCCUCCGGGGGAGGGCGGCAGAACAGCGUGUCGGACUUCACUCUGGGGGACCUGGGCAGCAGAGGCUCCGGAGGCUAUCCCCCAGCACUGCCCAGUGGCGCCGGAAGCUCUUCCGGUUAUCCCUCGGGGCGUCCCAGUGGUCAAGACAGCUCUUCCGGUUAUCCAUCAGGGCGUCCUGGUGGUCAAGACAGCUCUUCCGGUUAUCCAUCAGGGCGUCCCAGUGGUCAAGACAGCUCUUCCGGUUAUCCAUCAGGGCGUCCCAGUGGUCAAGACAGCUCUUCCGGUUAUCCAUCAGGGCGUCCCAGUGGUCAAGACAGCUCUUCCGGUUAUCCAUCAGGGCGUCCCAGUGGUCAAGACAGCUCUUCCGGUUAUCCAUCAGGGCGUCCCAGUGGUCAAGACAGCUCUUCCGGUUAUCCUUCAGGGCGUCCCAGUGGUCAAGACAGCUCCGGUUAUCCUUCAGGACGUCCCAGUGGUCAAGACAGCUCUUCGGGUUAUCCAUCAGGACGUCCCAGUGGUCAAGACAGCUCUUCCGGUUAUCCUUCAGGACGUCCCGGUGGUCAGGGCAGCUCUCCUGGUUAUCCCUCAAGACGUCCCAGUGGUUCGGACAGCUCCGCCGGUUACCCUUCAGGGCCCUCCAUUGCUCCGGACAGCGGCUAUCCCUCAGGAGCACCAAGCGGAUCGGACAGCCCUUCGGGUUACCCUUCGCCGAGCGGUCCAGAUAGUUCCGGGUAUCCUUCGGGGGCAGGAUUCGGCGACAACGGGCAGGGUGGGUACCCAUCUGGAGGCCCCAGCAGCCCGGAUGGCUACGCGUCCGCCGACCUGGGUGGUGGCGAUCAAGGCUACCCCGGUGGCGAGCAGGACGGCUAUCCCGCGGCACUCGACUUACCUAGCCAUGAGGUACACCAAGCCAAAACUGUACUCUUUGAGCCUGAAAGAGAAAGCUCUUGA